AUGGCUACCCCUAGUGUCCUCGCUUUUGACGCUGAGGGUCGGGCCAUUGACUUUGACGUCUCGGUAGAUGACCUGCAGCUUUUCCUACAGUGCGAUAGGGCAGACGGUCUCUCCCUCUUUGACCUCACUUCUGGUGCCUCUCCUGCCCCUGCUGCUGAUGCUGACGCCACUGGGUGCUCCCCCUCUCCUCUCGUGCCCUAUGUUGCCUCUGCUGCUGCGGCCGACCUCGUUGGUCUUGAGUCGGUCGGUGCGGCGUCUGCCCCUAGCGGGAGAUGCCGCACUGGCAAGGGCAAGGGGGGCAGGGGCGCUGGAGGAGCCAGCGGGGGCGGUGGAGGCGGCGGUGGAGGCGGUGGGGAUGGCGGUGGGGGUGGUGGCAGGGGUGGGGGCGUCAGUGGCCGGAGUGGAGGCGGAGGCGGCGGCGGCGGUGGCGGUGGGAGCGGAGGUGGCGGAGGUGGCGGCGGUGGAAGAGGUAGCGGCGGAGGAGGUGGAGCUGGUCGGGGUAGCGCUGCGCAGACGGUUGGCUCCGGUGGUGGUCAGAGCAAGCAGCAGCGCACUCGUGAGAUCCCUCCCCCUAAGCAGCUUCGUGAGUGGUACACUGCACAUCAGCAGGGUGGGGGUACUGGUCCGUGCACCUACAUCCUACGCACCAGCGAUUGCGUGGGUGAGCAGUGCGGGGGUGCGCACUCCACCCAGCGCUGCUUUGGCCUCGUGACGGACGCUUGGCGUCACCAGUUCCCUGAGGCCACUGAGAUCCCUCGCUGGGGCGAGCUGUCUAGGGCGGGGGUUUCGAUCGUUGAUCUUGAUUAUGAUGCUAUUCUUGCUGCCAUGUAUGCUGUGACUAUUAGUGAUGAGGGUGACUGUUACCGGUGUUUUCCGCCCGACCCGGGCAUUGGGACUACUGCUCUAGGAACUGGUGAGGCUCCUGCUGUAGGUGCUGGUGAGGCUGCUGCUCUAGGUGCAAGUGAGUCUGCUUCCUCAGGUGCUGGUGAGUCUGCUCUCUCAGGUACCGCGUCGGCUUCGGCCUCCCACACCUUCACCCUUGACUCGAGGGCGUCCCGCUCCUUCUUUCGAGACCGCACCACAUGUCGGAAAAUAUAA